GUGACUUGUAUCAGCUGGUUUUGAAACAGUUAUGUUUUUAGAUUGAUUUUAAUAAACUCACAGAAUAAAAUUAUGUUUUCACUGCCCACAUUUAUGUUCUCAUUCGUGUAAUUAUGUUGACCCACUUGCUGUGAUAAACAAACAAUGUAAAUAUUUGUCUAAGUCAAUCCCAUUAUCAAUUGAUUUUCAAUGCAAGUCUUUUAACUUUGUCCUUUUGUUAACCAGUCGAAUUCGAGAUGAUGAAGUCAUUUCGUCUUGUUGUACACCAAAAAACAUUUAGCGAUGAAGACCUUAUAAUCAACCCAAAAGAAUAUCCAGAAGCAAAACAGGGAGACAUUGUCGAAAUAUACCAUGAAUGUGAGGCUGAGGAUUAUCCCAGACUCCUUUUACAAAUUAAAAAUGAUGAAUCCCAACAAUUGAAAGAAACAAUAAGUGUGGAACAUAGUAUUGCAAAUGCAUUUGGGUUGCAAAUAUUCAAAAAUGUGAUUGUAAGACUAGUAAAUCCCAGUGAUGUAGCCCUAGACUCAAUAGAACUAACGUUUAAAGAUCAGUACAUGGGCAGAUCUGAAAUGUGGAGGCUCAAAAACAGUUUGAUCAAUUCUUGUGUGUACAUGAAUAAGAAAUUAGAGUUUUGUGGGGGAGCUGUAAGAUGCCAAGUGUAUGAAAUGUGGGCACAAGGUGACAGAGUUGCCUGUGGUGUUAUAACAGAUGACACAAAAGUUGUAUUCAGAUCCUCCACCUCCAUGGUAUAUCUGUUUUUACAAAUGUCCUCAGAGAUGUGGGAUUUUGAUAUUUAUGGAGAUUUGUAUUUUGAAAAAGCUGUAAAUGGUUUCCUAAGUGAUUUGUUCAUGAAAUGGAAGAAAAACGGCAGCAACCAUGAAGUCACAAUUGUCCUAUUUUCGCGGACGUUUUACGAGGCUACAAGCUUGGAGGAGUUCCCUGAACACAUGAGGGAGUGCCUACAGAAAGACUACAAGGGCAGAUACUAUGAGGAUUUCUACAGGGUGGCUGUACAAAAUGAGAGAUUUGAUGACUGGAGUGGGAUUCUGGUGCAGUUGAGGAAAAUCUUCUCCCAGUAUCUCAAGACUGUACUAGAGUACCACUCCAGACCAGAUCAGACAAUUCCUGCAGCAACCAACAGUACUGCAGCACAGGGUAACUUUCUGGAAGUUCUCAAUAUGUCUUUGAAUGUUUUUGAGAAGCAUUACUUGGACAGGAGCUUUGACAGGACAGGGCAAUUGAGCGUGGUUGUGACACCUGGUGUUGGUGUCUUUGAGGUGGACAGGGAACUAACUAAUAUAACAAAACAGAGGAUCAUAGACAAUGGUGUUGGUAGUGACUUGGUUUGUGUGGGGGAACAACCACUGCAUGCUGUUCCUCUGCUGAAAUUUCAUAAUAAAGACACUCACUUAAACGUGCCAGAUGAUUAUUCAAUGCCUCAUUGGAUCAACUUGUCUUUUUAUUCAACCAACAAGAAAAUUGCUUAUUCCAGUUUCAUACCCAGAAUUAAACUUCCUCCUCCUUUGCCAGCUAAUGAGAAUAAAAAAUGCUCCUCCCCCAAAACAAAAUUGGUGCCAGAGGACGAUUACAUACACAACUCGUUUUUUGACUACGACGCUUAUGACGCUAUGAUCUUUCAGUUGCCUGGAGUUCAUCACAAUCAUGAGGCCAGUAAUAUACACACGAGGCCGCCGCCAAGGUACAAACGAAGUUCUGGGAGCCUUUUGGACUCCCAGGAAUUGAAUAAAGGCCAAAGAAGGAAGAUGUCUGAUCCAGACAUACAACACAGGAUAGAUUCUAACGCGAGAUCUGAACCGAUCGCUAUCCCACCCGCUGCGACAGCUCCUGUUAUCUCACCUCACGCAGAUGAGAAAGAACUGUCGCCUAGAGUAAGGAUGGUCGUCGGGUCGGAGGGCUCACCACCGUUGGAAUCGAGGGCGUUAAUCAACCCGUUCGAUCCGUCUCACGUUACGAUUAAACUGACCUCGAAUAGACGUAGAUGGACUCACAUUUUCCCAAAAGGACCGACCGGAGUUCUGAUUCAGCAGCAUCACUACCAGGCCGUUCCGGCCCAGGCUGAGCACAUGCAAAGCGAUAACGAGAAAACGGACAAGAACGUGACGUCCGCCAAUUGUCAAUCGUUCUGUGCAACCACUGCACUUCAGGAAUACUGCAAAAAGCGGCCAAAUUACUCGACGCAGAACAUCGCGGGUCCAAAGAAUUCGACGAAAAGCCUGACGUUGUUGUGGGGCGCGACCGGGGAGCAAGAAUGGACGCCGGCCCUGACCACAGUCAAUGAUGUCCUCAUAGGAGUCGAUUGGAAAUCCCUGACGAUACCAGCUUGUCUGCCGAUCACUACGGACUAUUUCCCCGAUAAAAGAGCUCUCAACAUUGACUACGUCGUCUCUCUAUACAGUUUACUUCCGGACAGUGUCAACGAACACUUUUCCCAACAACGAACCAGAGAUAAGAAACCUCUGACCACCUCUGAAGUUUUUAAGGAGUUGAUCUCACAACGAUUGGCUCAAGGUUUUCAGUUGAUACUGAUGCCCAACAACAGUACUGACAAUUUUGUCACCCCAAAUCCGAACAUCAGGGGAACGGUUAUUAGGAAAAGCCCCACGGAAGGGGACGAAUCAUAUUUUCUCUCUAUUGGUAGACUGUUUCAUAAGAUUUCGCUGUCUGGCAAUACCAUAUCCGUCACGCGAUACAGGCCAAGACAUCCGUAUCCGGGCUUUAAUUACCAAUACAGAUACAGAUUCCACGCCCCACAUCACGACACGUACGAGGAAUCGAUUGCUACCUUCACGACUGAGAAGCUAGAGCACUAUAAUUGGAACUAUUUGGACCACUACGUUUGUACUGGUGGUGACACAGAAUUCGUGCUGGUCGAAGCCUUAAAAUACUGGCGAUUCCGGGUGUAUUUACUGCCGUUAAACAACACCGCCACCAAGAAAAUAAUCGACGGUGCUCCACACUGUGAUAUCUACUCACUGCCAACGUCGCAGGAUCACCAGUUGAUGGUCGAAGGCAUACUGAAGUUCAUAGAGACGGCCGUGAACAAGAUCAAACGCACCACCAUGGUCUCAAAGAAACCGAGGGUUUGUCAGAUUAUGUCUCUGAGCGUAUUAAACAACCCGCCGUUGAUCCAACCGAGACGUAAUAGUAUGAGCAAUUUUUCUCAGCAGAACAUCGCUUCUAAUUCUCCGUUCCGGGAGCGACUGGGCAGCAACAGAUUGAGCGACCGUCCCCGACCAAGAUCCGGAUCCAAGGUGGACAGAACCAAGCCUCCGAUCGACCCUAUGGUAUCAUCCGUAUCGGAGACGCUCCAGCACGAGAACUCGGGCGAAGAAUCCCUUCAACCGGCUCCGAUUCUAAAGCCGAACUCCCCAAACUCGGACAUAAUCGAAGCCAUGAAACACCCCGUCACCGGUCUGUCGGUUUAUUCACAACAAAAUUUGCCCCCGUUAACGUUCACCACCGCCGAUGCCGUCAACUGGCUGAUAUCGAACAUGGAGGGCGUCACGAACAACGACAAAGGUAUGCAGAUUUUGCACACCUUGCAUCGUGAGCAGUUGAUACGGCACGCGUCCGGUGAUCCACACCGACAUCCGGUUUACGGGUUCUACCUGUUUUACAUCGUGGUGGACGACACGGUGGCCUGGAUUGACCUGUCCAGUUUCGAGAACGAGUGGAUGGAGGUGGAGAUCAAACCGGCACUCAAUUGGGGUUUGACCACCUCGCCGACCGCCCUUAACGUUCCCAGCUCGUUUCCGGAGAGGGAUCAUGGAGUGCCGCACUUUUUGUGCGACAAUAUCGAUGCUGAGUACUCGGAUUGUGACCUUGAUGGUCCGAUGUACAAGAGGAUGAGAUUAGAGACGGAUGUGCAAAGCAAAAGUGACAGAGUCGAAUGGGGACAUGCCCGUUACCAAACAGUCUUCAGGCCUGACAAGGCUUAUGAGUUGGUCAUCGAGUGGUUGACAUCCUCUGGUUCAAUUGUGGCCGAAUUGUUGUUUGGAUGGCACAGAAAAGCUCAAGGCUGCGGCCUACAAAUGAUUCCAAUCCCUCACGACCCCCUAGCACUUCCCUACUCAAACAAAUCGGACCCGCUGCGAGGCCCGAUAUUUAUCCCACUUGACAUAAAGUGUUUGCAGAGCAGGGAGACACUGUUUAAAGAAUUCGGUUUGGACUCCAGCAUCGAACGUUUGUUUCUGUUUCAAGAGGCGAUUGUCCAGCGAUUUGGGUUCAUUUCAUGUACGGUGGAACCUCCAAACAACACAGCCACGAGUUCGACGGAACACCAGUACAUCCACUCCACGGGCACCGUAUUCGUGUUGGUUUCUACUGUCUCCCCAAAGUCCAGGAACCGCAUCAAUUCGGCGACCAAGAGCCGAGGUAGUGGAAGAUACUCGGUACAUGCGGACGUGGUGCCCAGCCCGCACGAGGCGUACAUUACCAGACAUGUCAGCGGGAAGAACAAGGAUGAUUAUGACAAUUCCCGAAAGAUGGGAUUUCUGUGGUCAUGGAACCACAUGGUGAGCAGAAGAUGGAGGACGAACCAGGGCGUUGACAACAACUUCCAAACGAAACUGCUCAAGGAUUUCAGGGAGUUUUGCGCAAACUCCGAGGGCAGAUUGAAGGCGUUCUGGGAGGAAUCCUGGAUGGCCAAGGAGUCGGCCUACGUGAAGAAUCCCGGCUCCGAUUUUAUUUAAUUGUGAUUUUAAUUAUUGUACAUUUCAAUUUUGCGACGCAUAUAUCAAGUUAUUUUAUUAAUAAAACGUGUUACCAGUA